AUGGCGAAGGACGAGGGGGACGACGUGCUGCCGGACAAGGACGCGGCGAAGGGAUUCUACGCCAAGUACGAGCCGAAGGAGAUCCUGGGGAGGGGGAUAUCCUCCACUGUGAGGAGAUGUAUAGAAAAAGAGACAGGAAUAGAAUACGCAGCUAAAAUUAUAGACAUCAGCAGCGAGACCAAUGAAGAUGGGCAUACCAUGAAGGAUGCUACGUUGCAAGAAGUGCAGAUACUGCGUAGAGUAGCUGGACAUCCGUACAUUAUUGAAUUGCACGAUGUCUUCGAAUCUAGUACGUUUAUAUUCUUAAUUUUUGAAUUGUGCAAGAACGGAGAGCUGUUUGACUACCUGACGUCCGUUGUGACGCUCUCUGAGAAGAAGACACGUUACAUCAUGAGACAGGUGUUCGAGGGGAUUCAGCAUGUGCAUAAUCAAGGAAUCGUGCACAGAGACCUGAAGCCUGAGAAUAUAUUGCUCGACGAUAACUUGAACGUAAAGAUAACAGAUUUUGGAUUUGCCAGAAUGUUAAAGUUCGGAGAAAAAUUGGAAGAUCUAUGUGGUACGCCUGGCUACCUGGCACCAGAAGUAUUAAAAUGUAACAUGUUCGAAAAUGCAGAAGGUUAUGGAUUUGAAGUUGAUAUAUGGGCUUGUGGCGUAAUUAUGUUUACCCUAUUGGUUGGCUGUCCUCCAUUUUGGCAUCGGAAGCAAAUGGUCAUGCUUAGAAAUAUAAUGGAAGGAAAAUAUUCAUUCACGUCGCCCGAGUGGGCUGACAUAACAGAAGCUCCGAAAGAUUUAAUAAGGAAACUGCUGGUUGUUGAUCCCAGGAAAAGAGUUUCUAUAAAGGAUGCCCUGGAACAUUCGUUCUUUCAUACUGUUCUGUGGGAUCAAGACAUCGCUCCUCUAAAACGUUCUCUGUCGUCUAACUCACGACGUCUGAGUAGGAUAUCUCAGUUAGCUUUGGAACUGAAGGCCAAAUCGUUUAACGCACGGAAAAGAUUCCAGUUGGCAAUUAUUUGUGUGCGGGCAGUCAUUCGUAUUAAGCGACUUCAUAUUACGCCUGAACCGCUUUCGACACAAGUGGCUUGUACCGAUCCAUAUAGAAUAAAAAUUCUGCGAAAGGUAAUCGACGGCUGUGCGUUUCGAGUUUACGGGCAUUGGGUAAAGAAGGGCGAGGGUCAGAAUCGCGCGGCGCUUUUCGAAAAUACACCAAAGACAGACUUGAAGCACUUGUACGUUAGUAAUUUAAGUAGAUAACUAUUGCUUUAUUAAACUGUUUUAGUUAAAUUUGCCGCUACUAGAAUCUCGAUGGUGUAACAAAACAUGAUUAGAGAAGGAUGCAGAAAUUGUGGAACUACAUGAGGAAGUGGAAUGUUAAUUUUCGGCCAGUUAGCGUAUGAACCAAAACUGAAAGUUGUAAAAAGUAUGUUCAAUGUAAAAUAUAGCCAAGAGUAAGGACAGGAUGCAGCACAUUUUCUGACAAUAUUGUUAAAUAUGUUAAACAUUUAUAUGACAGUAUAAUAGUGCACUUUUGCACUACUAUAUGCAGUUUUGCUAAAAGCUAAUUCAUCAUCUUCCAAUUAUUAAAAUGGUGCUAAUGAUACUUAACAAUGAAAGUGUAUUUUAAAUUGUUACAAUACUUUAUUAAUGACACAUUUGUUAUGUAGUAUAUAUUAUAUACAUAUACAUUUAAUGUUAACACAUUAAAUUCGCUUACACAAUGUGUAAAAAUAUUCCAAGUUAGCGUUGUGUAUAAAGAUCUAUUCUUAGAGAUAAAGUUUUAGAUCAAUUUUCAUUAAACAAAUAUGAUACUUCACGCAAAAUCUAGUCACAAUUUUUGUACAUAGAAAUUUGUCCUAAAGCAUGCAUUACUCGAUGAUGUAUUUCUAUGAAAAAUUACUAUGUAUGAGUUUAAAGCAAAAUUUAAACAAUUUAACAAAGAAAUGUGUAUUUUGUAAUGACACCGAAAAUACCAUAGUAUCUGUUGAAUUAUAUUUCAAUUAUUUUUAUUAUUAUAUGGAUUUAAAUAAAAUUAAUAGAAAGGAAUUUAACAUCCGAAUAUUAAAAGUAUCCACAGUAAUGUAAUUGCGUAACUGAAAGGCUAUUUACAGUAUGAAAUUAUCAUUUAUGUCGCCAUCUGUUUCCAAAGAAGAAACGGUUCUUGUCAGCGAUGCUAUCGUACUGUAUAUUAAUAUUUGCAGCCAUAUGUAUAUAUAGCAGUAUGGCAGUACAAUUUGUAAGUUUAGUUUUUACUGUAUGCGAAAUAGUGUUCAAGAAAUGUAUUAUUAUAAUCUUCAACAGUGUGCUUGUAAUGUAUAUUAUAUAAUAAUUUAAUGACAAUUCGCGCAUAUAAAUAACUAUAAAAAUUAGAAAUAUGAGUAACUCUAUGACUCCUCUAUGAUUAUAUUUAUAUUGUAACGGAUAUUAGGAAUGUUCUUAAAGAAAGUCGAUGAUGAGGUGUAAAGAACUCGAAACUAAAUUGCAUAAAACCAAGAUAAGUUAACAUUGAGAUUUUAUAAAUGCAAAGAAAUUUUCAUGUAAAAAUAUUCGUAUAUAACGUAUUCAACUGUACGCAAAUUUACACUUGAAAAUUUUGUCACUUAAAUUUGUAAAUAAAGAGAUAUACUCUUUGA